AUGAGUACUCUGCGGCAACCUGUCACUCUGAGUGAACAGAACGCAGCCAUCCACCAUGAUGAUGAUGACCUCCACAGGGUGAAUGAGGACCUCCGUAAGAAACUUGAGGAGCUUAACGAAAAGGUCAAGCGUUCAAGAAACCUGACAAAAAGAGCACUCCAAAUAGAUAACGAGGUGUUUCAUGCCGAAAAUGAGAAACUCCACUAUGAUAAUAACAUCCUGCAAGGUGAAAAUGAGGACCUUCGAAAACAGAACAAAGACUUGGGAAUUGAAAAGAAGACCUUGAACCAAGCAAUAGCAGAGUUGAAGCUAAAAAACAAGACGGAGAAAGAAACCAUGGACCAGCAAUAUGAUACUUUGCAAAAAGACUUUGAGCAGCUAGGUAAAACUUUGCAAGACCUGAAGUUGGUUCAAUGCAACUAUAGUGUAUUGAAACAAGAAACCCAGUGUUUGGAAGAAAAAACAAAAGCUUUGCAACAUCAGUUCAGAGUUAUGCAAAGUGAGAAAGACAUUAUGAGGCAACAAAACCAGGAUCUGCAAAGAGAUUUUCAGAUUUUGAUGGACAAUUAUCAUAUAACAAAGCAGGAAAAUGAGGCACUGGAACAAGAACUCCAGGAGGCCAAGAGAAACGUGUAUGAUAAACAAGGGCCCAUGAGACAAAUUAAUGAGGGUCUUCAAGAAGAAGCUCAGGGGCUCAAAAAUAUUGAGGAAGACCUCAAAUGCUUUGCAUGCAACUGCAAUGUAACAAGAGAGGAAAAUAUAAUGAUGAAAGAAAAACAAAUAUCCCUAGAAGAAGAAGUCCAGGAGCUUAUCAGAAUGUUGUGUGAUGGAGAAGAGGCCAUGAGAAAAAAGGAUGAAGCUCUUCAAGAAGAUGCUCUGAAGAUCAAAAAUGUUCUGCAAGAGCUAAAAGAAUUUGAACACAACAAUAACACAAUUAAACAAGAAAAUGUCUCUAUGAGACAACUAAACAAGGACUUGGAAAGAAAACUCCAGGACCUUACCAAAGAUUUGUGUGACGGAAAAGAGGCCAUGAGACAAAAGGAUGACCUUCUGCAAGAUCAGGCUCCAGUCCUCAACAAUAUUAUAGAAGAGCUCCAAGCCUCUGAACACAAAAAUAAUGUGAUGAAACAAGAAAACGUAUCUCUGACAGAGCAAAUCAAGGCCCUAGAAGAAGAACUCCAAGACCUUACACAAAAGUUCCAUGAAGGACAAGAGGCCAUAGGACAAAAAAGUGAAGCUUUUCAAGUAGUCUUUGAAAAGAACUAUAACAUGAGCCAAGAAAACACAACCAUGAGCCAAGAAAACACAUCCAUGAGAAAAGAAAACACAUGCAUGAGACAAGAAAAUACAUCCAUGAGACAAGAAAUCAAGGCACUGGAACAAGAACUUCAGGAGCUACAGAAAAGGUUGUGUGAUGGAGAAGAGGCCAUGAGACAAAAGGAUGACUUCCUUCAAGAUCAGGCUCUGGUCCUCAACAAUAUUAUAGAAAAGCUCCAAGCCUCUGAACACAAAAAUAACGUGAGGAAACAAGAAAACGUAUCUCUGACAAAGCAAAUCAAGGCCUUAGAAGAAGAAGACAACAAACAAAAGUUCCAUGAAGGACAAGAGGCCAUGGGACAAAAUACUGAAGCUUUUCAAGAAGUCUUUGAAAAGAACUAUAACAUGAGCCAAGAAAACACAUCCAUGAUACAAGAAAACACAUCCAUGAGACAAGAAAUCAAGGCACUGGAACAAGAACUUCACAAGAGCAAGGACAUGCUUAGAAUAGAAAAAGGCUUGUUUGCUGGGGAGCAGCUCAAAGCAUGUCAGAGGGAGGAUGCACUUUAUGAUAAGUUGCAAAUACUCCACAUUCAGCUCAAGUUAAAGAUGGAGGAAAAUAAGGUCCUCGAGAGCAAAACUCAGUGUCUUAAUCCGAGCCCUGAGGAUCUGGCUCUUAGAAUCCAGGAUGAGGCCAAAACCACUGUAGCCCACAAGAGGUGGACAACACGUUGGCUUAGUCGCUUCAUUUCCUAACUGAUCAGGUUAGGGCCGAAUCCUCCUCUGGUGGAUCUGGA